AUGGCCUAUGACAGAUAUGUGGCCAUUGCUUCCAUCCUGAAAAUAUCCUCUGGUAAAGGCAGUCUCAAGGCCUUCAAUACCUGUGCCUCCCACCUGGCAGUUGUGACCCUCUUCUAUGGCACAGCCCUCGCAGUGUACAUGCGUCCUAGUUCUAAUAAUUCCAAGAAUCAGGUCAAGAUUCUGUCAGUGUUCUAUAUUAAUGUUAUUCCCAUGCUGAAUCCUCUUAUCUAUAGUCUGAGAAACAAGGAGAUCAAAGAGUCUCUUAAAAGGAUGUCUGAAAGCAUCUCUAAGGAAGGAUAUAGAAACCACACCUCCGUGACCAUGUUUGUCCUCUUGGGACUCACAAGUGAAAAAGAUCUACAGUUCAUUCUCUUUCCUGUCUUCCUAGUGAUCUACCUGGUGACCCUAAUUUCAAACCUGGGUCUGAUCAUCCUAAUCAGAAUGGACUCUCACCUGCACACACCUAUGUACUUUUUUCUCAGCUGCCUGUCGUUCAUAGAUAUCUGCUAUACGACUUCCGUUAGCCCAAGGAUGCUUUCAGAUUUCUUUAAGGAUAGAAAGAUGAUUUCCUUUGUUUCAUGUGCUACUCAGUAUUUUAUGUUUGCUUGGAUGGGUCUGUCUGAGUGCUGCCUCUUAGCCACCAUGGCCUAUGACAGAUAUGUGGCCAUUGGUAACCCUCUGCAGUACUCAGCCAUCAUGAACCCUAACUUCUGUUGUAAAAUGGUUAUUGCAUCCCUUGGAAGUGGUUUUCUUAGUUGUUUAGCUGAGACAGUGCCUUGCGUUAGUCUUUAUUAUUGUGGUCCAAACAUAAUUCGACAUUUCUUUUGUGAGUUACCCCAGAUUAUUUCCUUGUCUUGCUCCAAUACCUUUGUUUGCCAAGUCAUGAUUUUUCUGGUGGCUCUAUUGUUUGUGUUUGGUCCUAUGAUCUUUAUACUUUUAUCCUAUGCUUUUAUUGUAGCUUCCAUCCUGAAAAUAUCCUCUGCUAAAGGCAGUCUCAAGGCCUUCAAUACCUGUGCCUCCCACCUGGCAGUCGUGACCCUCUUCUAUGGCACAGUCCUGCUUGUGUACAUGCGUCCUACUUCUAAUAGUUCCAAGAGUCAGGACAAGGUUCUGUCAGUGUUCUAUGUUAAUGUUAUUCCCAUGUUGAAUCCUCUUAUCUAUAGUCUGAGGAACAAGGAGAUCAAAGAGGCUCUUAAAAGGGUGAUGAAGAGGGCAACAUUUUUAUCUCAAUAG